AUGUCAACCCCAGCCACGACUGAGCAACAAGAACCAUUACCACAAAUCACAAUAGUAGACUGCGCCAAGUCAUGUCUCGAGUCUUUUCAAAAAUGUCUCAACAGUACUGGCAAGGCUGACAAAGUCACCGCGUCUCUCACCUCAAGACUAUCACCGUCACUGGUGCGAGUUGAAGAUCAACUUGCGAGGUUCUCUCUUUGGGCAGCCAAUUUGAAUGUCUUCAGUGCAACCAAAGCUUCGUUAGAUAAUCGCCUGAGAGAGGCUCCUGAUGUCAAGGAUGCUAUCGUUGCUCUGUUGGAGACACUCGAUUACCGAAUCAAGUCAUGUACUCGGCUUCUUAACUCCAUGUUGACCGAGAAGCAAGUGACAGACUCCUUGCAAGAAUUUGAUGACACACUGGAUAACUUGCGGGAUGAGAUCACUUUACUUCACAAGAUCUCAAAUACAAUCCGUCGCGCAAGUAAAGAGACGCAAAACGCCAAAGCUGUCAACUUUUUCAAAAUCAGAGACGAUGAAGGGAAUGACGCAGAGCCAUUUCUACGACAGCUCUUUAUGAACUAUAUACGCGAUCGAUUUCCUGGAACAAGUGAGGAUAUCCGUAUACGUCUUGCAUCUACCAUGCUUCUUCGGCGGAAACGAAUUCUUUACCGUCGUGAGCGCUAUGAGAAAGCACCGAUUCGUCUUCAAGCAGCCGUUGCAAAGCCCGUCAUAUCGCAUCCAAGGCCAGAACCGACAGAACAAAUAGUGCAGGGGCCCAUGAAGCGGCGUGUCGUGGAAGCGUCCAGUCGGAGCCAAGUCCAGUCUAUCACUAAAACUGCCACCACUCUCUCACCAGAGAAGUUUAGACGAGCCACUGUUCCUUCUGUCAUUUCAGUAUCGCAUACAGUUGCUCUUAGUAGCAAUGAUGAGCUUUGCUUUCCUCCGCCACCUACUACUAGUCUGAUGCGAAGGUACAACAGACAUAAAAAGAGCAUUGAACUACAGUACAAGCAAACGCCAGUAUCACCUACACCCGAUGACUAUGUGGCAAAGCCCACUGAAGAGACUGAGAAGGGACCCGAAAACACAGAAGCUGUUAAACUCAUACGAGAUCUGGCCUUGUUUCAAGCAUGGGAAAGCUGUGUUGAGGCAGUGGCGGAGGUUACCUGCCCAUAUUGCUUCCACGUUUUACCAAUCCGCGAAGUACUCGAUGAGAAGAAGUGGAAGCUUCAUGUUAAGAACGACCUCGAUCCCUAUGUCUGUCUCUUUGAGAAUUGUGACUCUCCGGAGCAUUUAUACUCUCACAGUAACACGUGGAUCAAGCAUAUGAAAGAACACACAUUGCGAUGGCGCUGCAAAUCGAAAGCCCACAGAGAAUUCUUGGCCGAAACCAGAGAGGACUACGUCGAUCAUAUGAAAACGAGUCAUCCUCAAAAAUUCACAGAUGCCCAGCUUGACGUGCUGGCAGAUCGCAAUGCUCAUACGAUAGGGCCACUAUUCAUAGCUUGUCCUCUUUGUGGUCUUGACACGACGGACAUGCCGAUGGAAAAUCAUGUUGUGGGCCAUAUGCGCUUUUUGGCACUCAAAUCACUACCGCCCUUCUAUGAAGACAAUGUUGAACUUGAUGGGUUUGACAGUCAGAAUGAUUAUCUGAACGAUUCUGGUCCCGUCAAAAGAAGCACAAUUCAAUCCGCCUUUGAGGUGGACCCAUUGGAGGUGAACGCUUAUGAAGAUUGGGACUCCGAUGAAUACGAGGAUGAUGUUGGUCUUCAAUCCCCAGCGCAACGAGACUCACAAGCCGGAGGAUCCUCGAACAAUUCAGAACCUAUUCCUGAGGGACCAGUUUCAAACAGCUCAGAACAUGACAAAACGGAAACCCAAGCCAAAGGAAAGAAACCUGUAAAAUACGAGAUGAAUCCGGACUGUGCUAUUUGCGGUCUUCCAGGUAUUGGUAUUCCCGACUGCGAAUGUGAGGCGAAGGCUCUUGAUAUAGCUGAGAAACAAGCCGGGAACAAGGUUAUUGCUCCACUGGCCAAGGAGAUCCGACGAUGGGUGCGGAAUAAAGUACGAAAGAAUAUCGAUUACGACCGAACAACGACAGAUUCGGCAACCAAAGAAACAGAACCCCCGGGCGGAAAUAAGGACCUUGGAGGGAUUAAUAAAGACGAGGUGCUCGAUGGUUCAGCAUUGUAUACGCCGUUUGGAUCAAAUAAUGGUGGCCUCUCUGAAGCCCUCGAUUACUAUUUUGGUCUUGUCGAGCUUACGCUGCCUGCUGAGGACGAUCCUCGUGUCCGUAACCCACCGCUGCAACCAAGUAGCAAGUCUGUGGGGGAGAACAAGAAUCCUUUCGAUAAGACGUCUUAUAUUAAAGGUUUGGAUGGUAGCCUUAAGUACGACAGCAGCUGA